UCUCCGGGCGCUUUGCUCCUUUUUUUUUUCUUUCUUUUUUUCCGGUUUUAUUUUGGGAUUUUUCCCCCCUUCUCUGGAAGGGUUUUUCAAGGGGUGGGGAAAAGAGACGCAAACACAAAAGUGGAAAACAGUUAAUGACCAGCCACAGCAUUCCUGCUGUGCGCUCCGGCCACUGUCUCCACGGGCUCCGAGCCACGCUCAGGUUGCUGUGGGUGCCAGCCGAGGUAACAUGGCUUGUUGGCCUCAGCUGAGAUUGCUGCUGUGGAAGAACUUCACUUUCAGAAGAAGACAAACAUGUCAGCUGUUGCUGGAAGUGGCCUGGCCUCUGUUUAUCUUCCUGAUCCUCAUCUCCGUUCGGCUGAGCUACCCACCCUAUGAACAACAUGAAUGCCACUUUCCAAACAAAGCCAUGCCCUCUGCAGGAACUCUUCCGUGGAUUCAGGGGAUUAUCUGUAAUGCCAAUAACCCGUGUUUCCGUUAUCCGACUCCUGGUGAGGCUCCUGGGGUUGUCGGAAACUUUAACAAAUCCAUUGUAUCUCGCCUGUUCUCAGAUGCUCAGCGGCUUCUUUUGUAUAGCCAGAAAGACAGCAGCAUGAACAACAUCCACAAAGUUCUGAGAACAUUACAGAAGAUGGAGUACAGCUCACGCUUGACGCUUCAGGAUUUCCUGGUGGACAAUGAAACCUUCUCUGGAUUCCUGAAUCACAACCUGUCUCUGCCAAGGCCUACUGUGGACAAAAUACUGGAGGCCAAUGUCAGUCUCCGCAAGGUAUUUUUGCAAGGCUACCAGUUACAUUUGACUCAUCUGUGCAGCGGAGCACAAUUAGCAGAGGUGCUUCAACUGGGUGACCAAGAAGUUGCAAAGCUGUGCAGUCUGCCACGGGAGAAACUGGAUGCAGCAGAGCAAGUCCUUCUUUCCAACAUGGACGUCCUGAAGCCCAUCCUGGUGGAACUAAACUCUACAUCUUUCUUCCCAAGCAAGGAGCUGGCUGAAGCCACAGAAACUUUGCUGGAUAGUCUCGGGACUCUGGCCGUAGAGCUGGUCAGCAUGAGGAGCUGGAGUGACAUGCGGCAGGAGGUGAUGUUUCUGACCAAUGUGAACAGCUCCAGCUCCUCUACCCAGAUUUACCAGGCAGUGUCCCGCAUCGUCUGUGGCCAUCCUGAGGGUGGGGGCCUGAAGAUCAAGUCCCUCAACUGGUACGAGGACAACAACUACAAAGCCCUCUUUGGAGGCAAUGGCACCGAGGAGGAUGCUGGAACCUUCUAUGACAAUUCUACGACUCCUUAUUGCAAUGAUUUGAUGAAGAAUUUGGAGUCCAGUCCCCUUUCCCGUAUCAUAUGGAAAGCUCUGAAGCCUCUGCUUGUUGGGAAGAUCCUGUAUACACCUGACACUCCAGCCACAAGGCAGGUUAUGGCUGAGGUGAAUAAGACCUUCCAGGAACUGGCAGUGUUUCAUGAUUUGGAAGGCAUGUGGGAAGAGCUCAGCCCCAAGAUCUGGACCUUCAUGGAGAGCAGCGAAGAAAUGGACCUGGUCCGGACGCUCUUGAACAGCAGAAGCAAUGACCACUUUUGGGAACAGCGAUUGGCCGGCUUAGACUGGACAGCCAAAGAUAUCAUGGCAUUUCUGGCCAAACACCCAGAGGCUGUCCCGUCAGCUAAUGGCUCUGUGUACACCUGGAGAGAGGCUUUCAAUGAGACCAACCAGGCAAUCCGGACCAUAUCUCGCUUCAUGGAGUGUGUCAACCUGAAUAAGCUGGAACCAAUAGCAACAGAAGUUCGGCUCAUCAACAAAUCCAUGGAGCUGCUGGAUGAGAGGAAGUUCUGGGCUGGAAUCGUGUUCACGGGAGUUACUCCCGGCAGUGUCGAGCUGCCCCACCAUGUCAAAUACAAGAUCCGCAUGGACAUUGACAAUGUGGAGAGGACGAAUAAGAUCAAGGAUGGGUACUGGGACCCUGGUCCUCGGGCUGACCCCUUUGAGGACAUGCGGUACGUCUGGGGGGGCUUUGCCUACUUGCAAGAUGUGGUAGAGCAGGCAAUCAUCAGGGUGCUGACGGGCACCGAGAAGAAAACUGGUGUCUAUGUGCAGCAGAUGCCGUACCCCUGUUACGUUGAUGACAUCUUCCUGCGGGUGAUGAGCCGGUCAAUGCCCCUCUUCAUGACUCUCGCAUGGAUUUACUCCGUGGCUGUGAUCAUCAAGGGCAUCGUGUACGAGAAGGAGGCGCGGCUGAAGGAGACCAUGCGUAUCAUGGGCCUGGACAACGGCAUCCUGUGGUUCAGCUGGUUCAUCAGUAGCCUCAUCCCCCUGCUCGUGAGCGCCGGCCUGCUGGUGGUCAUCCUGAAAUUAGGAAACCUCCUGCCCUACAGUGACCCCAGCGUGGUGUUUGUCUUUCUGUCCGUGUUCGCUGUGGUGACCAUCCUGCAGUGCUUCCUGAUCAGCACACUCUUCUCCAGAGCCAACCUGGCAGCAGCCUGUGGGGGCAUCAUCUACUUCACGCUGUACCUGCCCUACGUCCUGUGUGUGGCAUGGCAAGACUACGUGGGCUUCUCGCUCAAGAUCUUGGCGAGCCUGCUGUCUCCUGUGGCCUUUGGGUUUGGCUGUGAGUACUUUGCCCUUUUCGAGGAGCAGGGCAUUGGGGUGCAGUGGGACAACCUCUUUGAGAGCCCCUUGGAGGAAGAUGGCUUCAACCUUACCACCUCGGUCUCCAUGAUGCUGUUUGACACCUUCCUCUAUGGGGUGAUGACGUGGUACAUCGAGGCUGUCUUCCCAGGCCAGUACGGAAUUCCCAGGCCCUGGUAUUUUCCUUGCACCAAGUCCUACUGGCUAGGUGAGGAAUGUGAUGAGAAGACCCAUCCUGGUUCCAGCCAGAAGGGAGUAUCAGAAAUCUGCAUGGAGGAGGAACCCUCUCACCUGAAACUGGGUGUGUCCAUUCAGAACCUCAUGAAGGUUUACCGAGAUGGCAUGAAGGUGGCUGUCGAUGGCCUGACCCUGAAUUUCUAUGAGGGCCAGAUCACUUCCUUCCUGGGUCACAAUGGAGCGGGGAAGACCACCACCAUGUCAAUCCUGACUGGUCUGUUUCCGCCCACCUCGGGCACUGCCUACAUCCUGGGGAAAGACAUUCGCUCUGAGUUGAGCACCAUCCGGCAGAACCUGGGGGUCUGUCCCCAGCACAAUGUACUGUUUGACAUGUUGACUGUUGAAGAGCACAUCUGGUUCUACGCCCGCCUGAAAGGGCUCUCAGAGAAGCACGUGAAAGCGGAUAUGGAGCAGAUGGCCCUGGAUGUCGGUUUGCCACCCAGCAAACUGAAAAGCAAAACAAGUCAGCUGUCAGGUGGAAUGCAGAGAAAGCUGUCUGUGGCCUUGGCCUUUGUUGGGGGAUCCAAGGUUGUCAUUCUGGAUGAGCCGACAGCUGGUGUGGACCCUUACUCCCGCAGGGGAAUAUGGGAGCUCCUGCUGAAAUAUCGACAAGGCCGCACUAUCAUUCUCUCCACACACCACAUGGAUGAAGCGGACAUCCUGGGGGACAGGAUUGCCAUCAUUUCCCAUGGGAAGCUCUGCUGUGUGGGCUCCUCCCUGUUUCUGAAGAACCAGCUGGGAACAGGCUACUACCUCACCCUCGUCAAGAAGGACGUGGAAUCCUCCCUGAGUUCCUGCCGAAACAGCAGUAGCACUGUGUCGUGCCUGAAAAAGGAGGACAGUGUUUCUCAGAGCAGUUCUGAUGCUGGCCUGGGCAGCGACCAUGAAAGUGACACGCUGACCAUCGAUGUCUCCGCCAUCUCCAACCUCAUCAGGAAGCAUGUGUCCGAGGCCCGGCUGGUAGAAGACAUUGGGCAUGAGUUGACCUACGUGCUACCCUAUGAAGCUGCCAAAGAGGGAGCCUUCGUGGAACUCUUCCAUGAGAUUGAUGACCGGCUUUCAGACCUGGGCAUCUCCAGUUAUGGCAUCUCAGAGACUACCCUGGAAGAAAUAUUUCUCAAAGUGGCUGAAGAGAGUGGCGUGGAUGCUGAGACGUCAGAUGGUACCUUACCCGCAAGACGAAACAGACGGGUCUUUGGGGACAGGCAGAGCUGUCUUCGCCCAUUCACUGAAGACGAUGCUGUUGAUCCAAAUGAUUCCGACAUAGACCCAGAAUCCAGAGAAACAGACCUGCUCAGUGGGAUGGACGGCAAAGGCUCCUACCAGGUGAAGGGCUGGAAACUCACACAGCAGCAAUUUGUGGCCCUUUUGUGGAAGAGGCUGCUGAUUGCCAGACGGAGUCGGAAGGGAUUCUUUGCUCAGAUUGUCCUGCCAGCUGUGUUUGUCUGCAUUGCCUUGGUGUUCAGCUUGAUCGUGCCCCCUUUUGGCAAGUACCCCAGCCUGGAACUGCAGCCCUGGAUGUACAACGAACAGUACACAUUUGUCAGCAAUGACGCGCCCGAGGACAUGAGCACCCAGGAGCUCCUGAAUGCCCUCACCAAAGACCCUGGCUUCGGGACCCGAUGUAUGGAAGGAAACCCCAUCCCAGACAUGCCUUGCUCAGUGGGGGAGAAGGACUGGACCACCGCCCCAGUUCCCCAGAUCAUCACGGACCUCUUCCAGAAGGGGAACUGGACGAUGGAGAACCCCUCACCCUCCUGCCAGUGUAGCAGCGAUAAAAUCAAGAAGAUGCUACCCGUGUGUCCCGCGGGGGCAGGGGGGCUGCCUCCUCCACAGAGAAAACAGAACACUGCGGACAUCCUUCAGAACCUGACGGGAAGAAAUAUUUCGGAUUAUCUGGUGAAGACAUAUGUGCAGAUCAUAGCCAAAAGCUUAAAGAACAAGAUCUGGGUGAAUGAGUUUAGGUAUGGAGGGUUUUCCCUGGGGGCCAGUAAUUCUCAAGCACUUCCUCCAAGUCAAGAAGUUAAUGAUGCCAUCAAGCAAAUGAAGAAACACUUGAAUGUGGCCAAGGACAGUUCCGCAGACCGAUUUCUCAGCAGCUUGGGAAGGUUCAUGACAGGACUGGACACGAAAAAUAACGUCAAGGUGUGGUUCAACAACAAGGGGUGGCAUGCCAUCAGCUCUUUCUUGAAUGUCAUCAACAAUGCCAUUCUCCGGGCCAACCUGCAGAAGGGAGCGAACCCCAGCCAGUAUGGGAUUACUGCUUUCAAUCACCCCCUGAAUCUCACCAAGCAACAGCUCUCGGAAGUGGCUCUGAUGACCACCUCAGUGGACGUGCUUGUGUCCAUCUGUGUCAUCUUUGCGAUGUCCUUCGUCCCAGCCAGCUUUGUCGUGUUCCUGAUCCAGGAGCGGGUCAGCAAAGCGAAGCACCUCCAGUUCAUCAGUGGAGUGAAGCCCGUCAUCUACUGGCUCUCCAACUUCGUGUGGGAUAUGUGCAACUAUGUGGUCCCUGCCACGCUGGUCGUUAUCAUCUUCAUCUGCUUCCAGCAGAAGUCCUAUGUGUCCUCCACCAACCUGCCUGUGCUAGCCCUCCUGCUUUUGCUGUAUGGGUGGUCCAUCACACCUCUCAUGUACCCAGCCUCCUUCGUGUUCAAGAUCCCCAGCACCGCCUAUGUGGUCCUCACCAGCGUGAACCUCUUCAUCGGGAUCAAUGGCAGCGUGGCCACUUUUGUGCUGGAGCUGUUCACCAACAAUAAGCUGAAUAACAUCAAUGAUAUCCUGAAGUCUGUGUUCCUGAUCUUCCCACAUUUUUGCCUUGGACGGGGGCUCAUUGACAUGGUGAAAAACCAGGCAAUGGCUGAUGCCUUGGAAAGGUUUGGGGAGAAUCGCUUCGUGUCACCACUCUCUUGGGACUUGGUGGGACGCAACCUCUUCGCCAUGGCCGUGGAAGGGGUGCUGUUCUUCCUCAUCACUGUUCUGAUCCAGUACAGAUUCUUCAUCAGGCCCAGACCUGUAAAUACAAAGCUUCCUCCCCUGAAUGAUGAGGAUGAAGAUGUGAGGCGGGAAAGACAGAGAAUUCUUGAUGGUGGAGGACAGAAUGACAUCUUGGAAAUCAAGGACCUGACUAAGAUCUAUAGAAGGAAGAGGAAGCCAGCUGUUGACAGGAUCUGUGUGGGCAUUCCUCCUGGCGAGUGCUUUGGUCUCCUGGGGGUAAAUGGGGCCGGGAAAUCAUCUACUUUCAAGAUGUUAACUGGAGAUACCACUGUUACCAGAGGAGAUGCUUUCCUGAACAAAAACAGUAUCUUAUCCAGCAUCCAUGAAGUACAUCAGAACAUGGGCUAUUGCCCUCAGUUUGAUGCCAUCACAGAGCUGCUGACUGGGAGAGAACACGUGGAGUUCUUCGCUCUCCUGAGAGGAGUCCCAGAGAAAGAAGUUGGCAAGGUUGGUGAGUGGGCCAUUCGGAAGCUGGGCCUCGUGAAGUAUGGAGAAAAAUAUGCUGGUAACUACAGUGGAGGCAACAGGCGCAAGCUGUCAACAGCCAUGGCUUUGAUUGGCGGGCCUCCUGUGGUGUUUCUGGAUGAACCGACCACAGGCAUGGAUCCUAAAGCUCGGCGGUUCUUGUGGAAUUGUGCUCUAAGUAUCGUCAAGGAAGGGAGAUCAGUAGUGCUUACAUCUCACAGUAUGGAAGAAUGUGAAGCGCUUUGCACCAGGAUGGCAAUUAUGGUCAAUGGGAAGUUCAGGUGUCUUGGCAGUGUCCAACAUCUGAAAAAUAGGUUUGGAGAUGGUUAUACAAUAGUUGUACGAAUAGCAGGGUCCAACCCUGAUCUGAAGCCUGUCCAGGAGUUCUUUGGACUCGCCUUUCCAGGAAGUGUCCUAAAAGAGAAGCACCGGAACAUGCUACAAUACCAGCUUCCAUCUUCAUUAUCUUCCCUGGCCAGGAUAUUCAGCAUCCUUUCCCAGAACAAAAAGCGACUCCACAUAGAAGACUACUCUGUUUCUCAGACAACACUUGACCAAGUAUUUGUAAACUUCGCGAAGGACCAAAGCGAUGAUGACCACUUAAAGGACCUGUCUUUACACAAAAACCAGACAGUGGUGGAUGUUGCAGUCCUCACGUCUUUUCUGCAGGAUGAGAAAGUGAAAGAAAGUUACGUGUGAAGAAUCCUGGUCACACAAGGUGACGGAAAAAAAAGGAGGAACUUGCCAUUCCUUUGCACUGUGGGAAGAGCUCCAGAAGAAAAUGCGGGACGUUUCUGCGGGAAGAAGUAAACUGGAUACUGUACUGAUACUAUUCAAUGCAAUGCAAUUCAAUGCAAUGAAAACAGAAUUCCAUUACAGGGGCAGUGCCUUUGUAGCCGAUGUCUUGUAUGGCUCUCCAGUGAACAAAAGACUUGAAUUUAGUUUAUAACCUUAUACCUAUGUGAAACUUGAGUAUGGAACCCAGUGGACAUAUGGGUUUGAAAUCAUACAUUUUUUUUUGUUCCUUUGUAUUCUCACUGGGGGUUGCAACAGUAAUUCAUCAAGUAACCAUGGCCAGUGAUUACUUACCAAAAUCAAAACGUAUGCAUGCACAUCCUCACUCAUGAAGCCGUGCCAUGCCAGGAGACUGGUUACCCAGUGACAUAUCCAUUGAUGGCAAUGAGUGUGCCAGAAUUAUCAGUGCCAAGUUGCUCAGAAGGCUCGGAGCACCAUGGUGUGUCAUGCACACUUUUGUGAAAGCUGCUGUGCUUAGAGUCUAUCAGACAUCAUCAAAUAUCAGGUGACAAAAUGGUGCAACGUGUGGAAGGAAAAGUCCUACUUUGGUUCCCCUGUUAUUGAGUUGCUCUGGUGGUGGUAAUAUGCAAACUGUGGAUGGCUCUAGACACAUUAAACUUGGUUUCAUUGUUACAUUGUCCCUCGCUUGGAGCCAUGGGUCACCAGGGUCAUCUUUCUGGGACCCCGGUAAGAAGCGAAGAAUGAGCAGCCACGUUUGUUGAGGCUGUAAGCUACUGAGGCCAGGGCAUGGGAUGCAAGAGAUGUUGCGUUCAAACCUGGGGUUACCUGUGUCCACUUAUCCUGUCUGCCAACAUGGCACACUGUAUCUCAAGAUCUUGUUUGACACAAGUGUAGUAUUACUUCUGGCUUUCAAAAUUAAUCUAGAAGAUGAAAAGAUGGAGUUGUGUUUUGCUGAAAACAUUUGUACUUUUAUUUGGAAUUCUAAGUUCUGUCAGUGAUUUCUGAAACCUUAGAAUGGCCUAAUUGCAGAAGUCCAUGGCAUAGAGGAAUGUGGCCACACUUUCUUUUCUCAUGUGAGUUUGCAGAUGGAUCAUCUGACUAGUACCUAGUGACUGGAAAACAAAUGUGAUGGUCAAGCUCUCAUGAUAUUAUAUUUAAGCUUCUUUAAGGUCCUUUAAAAUACUCUUAAUCUCAGUUCAUUAACCAAGUAUUUUUUGAGUCUAUGUUAUAGCUGAAUGAGUAUGUAUGGAUGGAUGGGGUGAGGAGAAAUUAAGUCUCAGAUUUCCUGUGCCAUGAUAAUCAGCUAACUGGUUUACAAAUAGAGGUUGUUUUGUUGUGGUGGUUGUGGGAGCUCAAUGAAAGCAUAUUGGGCAGCUCACUUUUUCAAAAUAGCAACAAUGCAAAAGUCAAGAAAAUUUAAAUGUGGUACGGGUCACAAGACGAAACAGUUGAAUACUUUUACAGAGAAGACGGGUAGUCUGAAAACUCGUUGACCACGACAACUUGUGAUCACGGCAUUCAGUAUAUUCAAAUAAUUGGCUUUGAAGAUCUCAGCCACCUCAUUCUGACAAUCUCAUCCUUUUCAUCUCUUCAAUCACUAAUCUCCCGUGAAAAAAAUAAAAACAGCAAAUGCCCUGGCAUGAAGUAUAUUUCAGACUUUUCCAACCCAGUCUUAUAUUUUUAGUCAGUAAACACUUUAAGCAUUCGUAAAAUACUAUUUUUUAAUGUCAUCUGUCUUGAGAUAACAAAAAUAUGAGGGAAUGACUGGUGAAGUUUAAGUGAUCUUUCACUAUCAUUACCGUUUUCUAAAAUUUAAAUAUUAACUCUAAGGGUAUAAGAUUUCAGAUCUAUUUCAAACUAAUCUGUUUUUCUUUUAAAAUUUACACAACAUUAUCACAUAACUUGUUGAUUGGAAAAGAAAAAGACUUUUAGAAAUUAAUGCAAUAUUGUUUUCCAGAAUGAUAGGUAAGUAAUGAAGGUAUACUUCCAAUAACUAGAGAUCAUUAUAUUGAUCUCUAUAUGAGAUCAUUGUAUUUUAUGGUAUCUUUAAUGAUAUAAAACUCAUACGAUAAUUUAGUUUCUCGUUUAAUAUUUUUUAAAAUCAAACUUGUUUUCCCAUUUCAUUAGAAUCAUGUUCAAAUUCUCUAUUAUAUUAAAUCCAUGCUCCUUUAAUUACUCUGACUUCAAGGCCAUAUUUAAAAAAAUCAAAAGUCACUGUGAGUUAUUUUGGGGGGAGGGGGCGGGAAAUACAAUCUACAGUUUCAAUAUAGGUUUAAAAGGAUCUCUUCUGAAGCUAGAAACAAUCUACACUUACACAUCGACAUCGUUAAUAUUGUUACCUUUUAGACUAUCCAAAUAGUAAUCUUUUAAAUUUUCCUGUGUAAACCUAAUUAUAGUAGAAAUUUUUACCAACUCUAUAUUCAAGUAAAAUUUCUAUAUAUUCCCUGUGGAAAUGUAACUAUGUGAGUUUCAAAAAUUGUCAAGUGUUCAAAGAUUUCUGCUUUUGCUUCUUUUGGACACCUUGGAAACCUUAUUAACAACUGUGAAUACAAAAAACAUGAUGGAAAACAAUAACAAAGCCCUCUAUACAUAAACACCCAGCACAGUUCAUUGUUUAAAAAACAACCAAACCUCAAACUACUGUAUUUCAAUAUCUGUACUGAAAGCAAUGCAUUGUGACUAUUAAGUGUUGCACAUCAUUCAUUCACUGUAUAGUAAACAUUGACUAAAGGGAUUUGUUUGUUUUCUUCUCAUGGUUGUAUAUAUUAGGAAUUUUUUUUUUCCCAAAGAGCCAUGUGUCAUAUAAUAUUGAACCACUUUGAUAUUGAGAUAUUAAUUUGUACCCUUGUUACAAUUUACUAGUAAUAAUAUAGUACUAUAGUAAUACUGCUCUAAUUCUGUUUAAAAUUGUUGCAUCCCUUUUACAGAAUGUUUAUAUUUCCAUAAGGAUUAAGUAUUCUAUUCUCCCUUCUUAUACCCUCGGAUGAAACUAUGUUUUUGG